UGGAGGCUGAGUCGCAGCUUGUUGCGUGCUCCUGCCUCAGCAUCAAGACGGCACAAAGAACAGUCAGAAGUAAAGUUGCAGCCAUCGUCCUAACAUGAGGUUUGUGUGUUUGUUUGUGCUCUUCUCGGUGGUCAACCUGGGCUGGGGCGCAGCAGCAGAGGCAGCGAGAGUCAACCAAGUCAACGACACCAACGACAUGUUGCUCUCUUACGCCGAAAAUGUGACGAACACUUCGGGGAAGUUGGACAACCGGACUUCGCCCAAUUUCCUCCUGGACUUUGACGAGGGGAUGCUGGAGGACUGGCGCUCUCUGGCCAGUGGCGACGAUAGGCGCGGUGGGAGGUCCAGCGUGAAGGCGCUGCUGGUGGCCGCCUACUGCGUCAUCAUAGUCAUCUCCCUGUUCGGAAACACGCUGGUGUGUCAUGUGAUUGUGAAAAACAAGCGCACACAGUCGGCGACCACCGUGUUCAUCAUGAACCUGGCCGUGGCCGAUGUGUUCAUCACUGUGCUCAACACGCCCUUCACACUGGUACGCUUUGUGAACAGCACCUGGGUGUUUGGGAGGACCAUGUGUCAUAUUAGUCGCUUUGUGCAGUACUGCUCCCUGCACGUGUCCACUCUCACACUCACUGCCAUCGCUGUGGACCGACGCCAGGUGAUUUUGCACCCUUUAAGACCCCGCAUGACCCCGACUCAAGGCAGCGUUUGGGUUGCUGUAAUCUGGAUCAUGGCCAGCUGCUUCUCCCUCCCACAUGCCAUCUACCAAAAACUGUUCACGUUCACUUUCAGCCAGGAGAGGGAACGCAGCCUGUGCGUCCCAGACUUCCCUGAGCCAUCAGACAUCUACUGGAAGUACGUCGACCUCCUUACCUUCAUACUCCUGUACAUGCUGCCUCUCGUCAUCAUUACAGCAUCCUACACCACGGUGGCCCGUCGUCUGUGGCGCCACAAUGCCAUUGGCGACGCAACGAAAGCUCAGCACGCCACCCAGAAGAGGAAACGACACCGCACGGUGGCUAUGUUGCUCAUUGUGGUGGCCGUGUUCGCUGUCUGCUGGUUUCCGCUCAACUGCUAUGUGGUGCUGCUGUCCAGCCAGGCCAUCCACUCAUCCAAUGUCCUCUACUUCUGCUUCCACUGGCUGGCUAUGAGCUCCACUUGCUACAACCCCUUCAUCUACUGCUGUCUCAAUCCCACCUUCCGCCAGGAGCUCAGCCUCCUCCUGAGCGUAUUCAGAAGGAGCCAGAGAGCAGCGGUGGAGCUGGAGCUGGAGCACCAGCCCGUGGCAGCUUGCGCUCCUUGCCACAGGAAAGCCUGGCCUGACAAUGAUGAGUUGUCAGGGCAGAGGCAAGCUUUGCCGCAGUCAAGCAACGACUCCUCGCAGAAGAGUCACACCUUGACCGGGGAAUCGCAUCAUCUCAAGGAUGCGCAUGCGCUCACUGCCAGACAGGUGCUAACAGGUAGAAAUGACAUCCUGUCUGUGGAGCCCAUUGUGGUUGUCAGCUAAAUACAUUAGGUACUUCGGUAGUUAAUCCUCCAUCCAUUUUCUAGAUGUGAGCAGCCGUCUUAGGGAGCAAUACCAAGGCUGUCGUGUCUCAAGCUAUUCAUCCUUUUUCUAAGGGUGAGCCCAGCCACACCACAGAAGAAGCUCAUAUUGGUCUCUGGUAUCGUCAAUCUUGUCAUUUCCGAGCCCAACUUCCUUACAAGUUCAGUCUCCUUCCUCACCG